CUCCGAUCAACUGUCGGUGAGUAGCAGCCUCGGUAAGCUCAGAUUAGGCCCAGGCCCGCCUCGCCGGCCGCAAGACAGUCUCGGAGGUCCUAUCCAUUUACUUUGGGUCCCUGACGGCGAGUGGCGGCGGCAAGCACCAAGACUUCUGGGCCUGAACCCCUGGGGGAGCGUCCCUGCGGCCGCCAGAGCUACAGUCCCACUCCCAGUAACACAGAGGACCCCAGUGCCCUGCUUUUCCCGCCUUGGAGUGGAGAAACGCAGACGCGCCGCCCGCUUGCCAGUGCUUGGCAAUCUGAGUGUCUUCACUUCACCUAGAGGUUUGGCUUCAGCAUCGACUGCUGACGCCACUACUUGUUCAAGCACCAUGCUGUUUACUUCAAUGUCAAACGCUUCUACUUCUGCUGCUGCUACUGGGCUCUCUUUUGGCACUCCAGCAACUUCGACUGGAACAUUUGGUGGCAUAACUUUGGGAUUUGGAUUAAAAUUCCCUGGAGCAGAUGGAGCAGCUCAUACUGCUUCUACUACAGCAUCAACGACGACCACCACCACUGUCACCACCACCACCACUACUACCACAACCACCAGUGGCUUUACCUUCAACCUAAGGUCACUGACAUCAUCUGGGAUUAAUAACAUUGUUCCAGUCGGUAUUAAUUCCCUACCAUUUACUUCGACUGUUAAUGCAAUUGUAACUCCCGUGAUGACAUAUGGUCAGCUGGAGGGUCUGAUAAACAAAUGGAGCCUUGAUUUAGAGGAUCAAGAGAAGUACUUUCUUCACCAGUCCGCUCAGGUCAAUGCUUGGGACCGUACAUUGAUUGAAAAUGGUGAGAAGAUUACUACUUUACAUGGAGAAGUGGAAAAAGUGAAACUGGAUCAGCGGAGGCUGGAACAAGAAUUGGAUUUUAUCCUGUCACAGCAGAAGGAACUGGAAGAUCUCUUGACCCCUUUAGAGGAGUUUGUGAAGGACCAGAGUGGGUCUGCUUAUCUGCAGCAUGCAGAUGAGGAGCAUGGAAAGACUUACAAAUUAGCAGAAAAUAUAGAUGCUCAGCUGAAACGAAUGGCCCAAGAUCUCAAGGACAUUAUCGAGCACCUGAAUACAUUUGGAAGUCCUGCUGACACUACUGACCCGCUUCAGCAGAUCUGCAAGAUCCUGAAUGCUCAUAUGGACUCUCUACAGUGGAUUAAUCGGAAUUCAGGCAUGCUGCAAAGGAAAGUAGAAGAGGUAACACAGGUUUUUGAGGAUCAUCGUCGCGCAGAGCAAGAACACAAUAUCAGAAUUGCUUUUGAUUGAAUGACCGUAUCUUCAGCAUGUUGUUUUGGGAUUACACAUUAUCUACAAAUUGUGAUGAUGUGAAAUAGAGUAGUAUUCACAAUUAACUACUUAAUCUUUGGUUGCAGUGAAGUUUGCGUGUGGUUGGUUUGUUGUUUUUUUUUUUCCAUUUAAAUAUUGUGCUGUUGAGAAUUAAACUGUAGUUUGGCUUUUAGUAUUAGCAUAUCAUAACUAUAUUAGCCCUCUUGGCUCUAGGCAGCAACCUGUUAGAUAUUGACUCCAUGUGUGUAAUUCGUAUCUUAAAUUCUCCUAGAUUCCAUAUUCUACCAGCAGCACACAUUGUCCUUCUUCCUUUAACUGGAUCAUCGAGAAAUGUUUGCCAAGAAAUAGAUGCCAGCCAGCCUUUACUGGGUGCCUGUUAACUUUCAACAUAUAGUGCUAGAUACUGUAGUCUUUUUCCUCAAAGGAACUUACUGUCUAGUUUGAGAUAUAAUUAAUGCCUGUCUGUAUGAAAACAGUAUAGAUAAUACAAAGAAGUGUGUUAUUAAUUACAGAAAGUGUGCUAUAGAAAUUCAGAGAAGAGGAAACAUUAGAGUGGAUUUAGGUCUUGAAUUAGGUUAUUUUUAAAAGGGUAAAGUUCAGGCAAUUCAUUUAUUUUUGAUGUACAGAUAACUUGGUAUUUUAUUUGGUUUUAGCAUAUGACUUAUAGUUGCUGGCUUUUGUGUAUUUGUUUGUUUUUCAAGAAAAAGCCUUUUUCUUAGCUUGGGAACAGUCUGAUCUCUUGUGUUGCAUGUUUUACCUAAGUCAUAAAUAAAGGUGAUAUUCUAAAAAAUGAAUGUAUAACAUGAAAGCAAACUUAUUUAAAAGUUUGUGAGUGACUAGAGCUUAGUUGCUUGUAACUACUGAACUAAAUUUCUGUAAUACUGACUGCACAUGACCAUCCCGAGGGGUA